AUGUUAUCACCUCGUUAAACAAUGGCGAUAUAGGGUGGAUUUAUUUCAUUUAAAGAAAGAAGCCUGAAGUGCGAUGGAGAUGUCUAGUAAGAACCCCCAGACAGAAGCCUCUUCAUUAAACACAACCUACUGCCAGCCCUGCUACCAGGAUGGGGAAACCCUCCAGGCUGAGGCCUACUGUACUGUUUGCAAGGAGGGUUUGUGCGUAGCCUGCGUGCAAUUUCAUAAGAAGCAACACAUGUCAAAGUACCAUGUCCUGUUAGAUAAGAGAUGUAUGCCGACAAAGAUGGGAGUUCAAUCAGAUGCCCAACUCAGCACUGAGCCUUGCGACAUCCAUCCUGAAGAGUUAAUCAAAUAUUUCUGCCCGACCCACCAGUCACUCAACUGUGGACACUGUUUAGUAACAGAACACAGAGAUUGUCGUGUUGACAUCAUUGUCGAGAUCUCAGAGGCUUAUAAAGAUGGACAGGAGUAUGAAGAUAUCAAUAAAUCCAUUGUCCAAUUAAUCAAAGGUAUUAAAGCAUGUGGUGCUGAUGUAAAAACCAGUUUACAAUUCAUAACCAAACAGAGUGAAGAUGAGCUUUCAAAAUUAAGGGAGUAUCGUGAUAAGGUUAACACAUACUUUAAUGAAAGAGAACAAUCUCUCUUGAACAUCAUAGAGAAAAUUAAAACAAUGGAUCAAACUCUGCUAAAUUCACUGCAAUCCAAAUGCGAUAGCAUGAAAGGCAAGGUAGAAAAUAUCAGGUCAAACCUUAAGUUGCAUGAAAGCAAUACUACCCAGUUGUUUAUUCAAGCUAAGAGAGCCAAGAAACAGGUGAAGAGUCUGCUGGAAGCCCUAGCUGACAUCAACAAGGAGAUGAUAAUCCACAACUACAAGUUUAGGAAGGACUCUGUCACUGAAAGACUACUUGAAUCAAGCACCGGCCUUGGUACGGUGGACGAAAUAAAGAGUGAAAGUAUGCAAAAAGCAGAGAAAGUUCCAGAAAAGCUAGGCAGGAACUCACGAGCAGAGACGGUUCAUGAAACAACAAAUCAGACGCCAGAAAUGGUUGAACAAGUUACAGGUGUUCAGGCUGUAACCAGAAGUAACUUCACCUGUCUGAAAUUCAAUCAUGUCCAAACCAUUUCGCUCAAGUCUCCAACUGACACCAGAAAUUGCUGGCUGAGGACCUUGCUCCUCCUACCUGAAGAAAGGCUUCUACUGGCUGAUUGUAACAACUACACAAUAAAGCUGGUGGACCUCAAGACUAACAGCCUAAUGUGCCAGGUGAGUAUGCCUGGUGUACCAUGGGACAUGUGUCUCCUACCAGGGGAUAGGGUGGCGGUUAGUAUCUAUAAAGGUAUCCAGUUCCUAGAGACACGGGGACAACUCUUCCUUAAGGACAGGAUCAAGGUAGAUGAUGAUUGUCGUGGUAUUGGUUACUAUAAUGACAUGUUAAUAGUGUCUUACGAGAAUGGUAAAGUAGAACUCAUGGACAUGAAAGGGAACGUGACCAAGCAGUUAAACAAAAAUGCCAGCGGACAAUCAGUGUUUAAUCACCCUGAGUACCUGACAGUGCUGGAUGAUGGUCCGACAGCAGCCAUCUAUGUAUCAGACUAUAGUAAGAACACCAUCACUAAACUAGACAUGGACCUGAACAUUCUCCAGGUCUUCCAUAACCCCGCUCUCAGUAGACCAGUAGGCAUCUCAGUAGUUGGAAACGAGCUGAUUUUAUGUGGACGCUAUAGUAACAACAUAAUAUGCCUGGACCUGACCAGUGGCAAGAUGACCCAGCUGCUUGGUGAGAAGGAUGGGUUAAAGAUGCCAUGGUAUGUCCUCUAUAGUCAGCAGAAGAAUGAAUUGUUUGUCACAAGCUUCUCGUCUCUGGAUGUCAACUUGAAUAAUUCAGUAAAGGUGUACAAACCUGAUUCACUUUACAAAUAAAAAAUGUUUACUGCAUAUCAGUGAAGGGGUUGAAUAAUUCAGUGAUGAUGUAGAGAGCUGAUUCACUUAGCAAAUAAAAAGUGUUUACAGCAUAUCAGUGAAGGGGUUGAAUAAUUCAGUGAUGGUGUAGAGAGCUGAUUCACUUAGCAAAUAAAAAGUGUUUACUGCAUAUCAGUGAAGGGGUUGAAUAAUUCAGUGAUGGUGUAGAGAGCUGAUUCACUUAGCAAAUAAAAAGUGUUUACUGCA